CAGAGAGAGGUUUCUCUCUGCUAAUACCAAUGAAAACAAAUAUAUACUUUUAAAAUAUUACAUCUAAAAGAUAAUAUGUACAGAUUUAUAUAUAUUAUACAAUAAAAUAAACUUUAAAGACAAUUUUGUUAUAUAAAUGUGUUAAUUGAACAAGACAAGGCCUAAGAUAGGUUAUGUUGUAACCUAUAUUGCGUGAUAACAUUUUUUAGUAUCAAAUCACUAUUAAAUUUAUUUGUUUUUUUUUAUCAUUACGAUCGGGAAUCGCGACAUAAAUAUGAUUUUGAAUCGUGGGCAGGGCAGAGUUUGGAAAAAUCUUAAAAUAAACGAAAAAGAUCACAUGAUCUGUUUUCAAAGGAAAACAAAGGAAACCGAGUCGUGGAAAAUAAUUUUGACAGAUUUAAUAGAAAUUUGGACGGAGACCUUGACAGACGAAACUAUAUUUCGCAAAUGUCAGACCAUAAAUCCUCUUUUAACUCUCGAGGCUUUUGACUGGAAGCAACUGGUACUAGAUAUGUUAAAUGAUAUCCCUCAACACGUGCACACAAGCGUUCUAGAAGUUACUGCUUAUCGAAUAGAACUACGGAGAGACAAGGAUUUCGUAAAAUUGAGAUUUUCGUUGGAUCUUCUCAAAGGAACGCCGCAGCAGUUUUGGGAGUACGUGACUAUGCCUCACUGCUUGUCGUCAAUAGAACUGUUUCGCCGGCACAAGAUUCUGCUGGAUCUGGUGAAACAGAAGGAUGAAGAAAUCGCAGAAUACAAAGCGGAAGGCGCGGAGUUGAUUAGGAAAUAUAUCGCUACGAAGCCAUUCAGCGAAGAAUUGUUUCACAUUGAUGCUGCUGGGUCGGCUGCAACUGAUAUUGUAGAAACUUUUCAAUCUGUGCUUCAUUUUUAUAAUGAGAUGAACUUGCUAAAGUCACACGCGAUAUUAGAGUCUAAAAUAUCUUCGAAUGACGCAAGUGGCACUAAUGGUUCAAAAAUUGACGGGAAUGUUCUUCCUGACUUGUCAAGGGAUGAAUCUGUAAAGGAGCUAAGACUAGAUAAACUGAAUAAUGAUGGGCAAAUGCAUGUAAAAGUUGAAGAAUGUGAAGCGGGUUCUUCUUCCAGCAAAGCUCCAGUUUUCAAAAUAAGUAGCACAUCUCACACGAUACACAAGUUAAAAAAGAAUAAGAAAACUUUGAAUAUAAUGUAGUAAAAUAAUUAAGUUACUAAUUAGUAACCUAACAUUUUACUGCAAUAUAAAAUUAAGUAUCGGGUUUUAUAUUCAUCUGUGUGUGUGUGCGAUUUAUCGAUUUAUGCUAUUGUGAUAUGUGCUACAUAUGUGAUUAAUGCUAGUGCAUGAAAAAUGUUAAAGAAUUAUAGAUAUAUAAAUAAUAGAAUUUAUAUAAAUAUAAUAUAUAAAAUAUUGAUAAUAUAUAAAUAAGUUUAAAUCUUGAAGUCUAAGGAAUAUGAGACGUAAAGGCGAAUAUCAAUUAUCGAUAUAAAACUUAACGAAAAAUAAUAGCGAAUUGUAUGCACUUCCAGUAAUCCACCAGCAUGAACACAAGGUUCGACUAUUCUAAUAGUACUAUUAUGGUGCUAUUCUAUUCUAUAAGAAAUGUGAGAUACAUUUUUAAACCAAAUAUAUUUUUAAUUACAUA